AUGCGACAGUUUAUAAACGGCUCAUUACAAUUAUUAUUAUUAAAAUUAUUGUAUUUAUUAGCGAAAUGCGAAGCUAGCGAUGACGAGUAUAGGCUUUUGAACGAUCUGAAGGAAGGAUACAAUCCAAUGGAACGACCCGUUUCAAAUCAUUCGUUGCCGGUGACGGUAAAACUGCGAAUAAUAUUGCAGCAAUUGGUAGAUGUGGAUGAGAAGAACCAAGUCAUCACCCUUGUCGUCUGGACCCAAUACACUUGGAAUGAUUAUAAAAUGAAAUGGGAUCCAAUGGAGUACGGUAAUAUCACCACUUUACAAAUAGCUCAUGGGACCCUUUGGAAACCAGACAUCCUGCUUUUUAAUAGCGCCAACGAACACUUUGAUGCCUCGUUUCCAGUCAACAUGGUGGUUUCGCACAACGGCGAUGUUUUGUUCGCGCCACCGGGAAUAAUGCAGGUCUCAUGCAAUUUGGAUAUGACCUGGUUCCCAUACGACGAACAAAUAUGCUAUCUCAAGUUCGGAUCAUGGACCUACGGAAAAAAACUUGACCUUCAAAUCGAUGACAGUGGACUGCCGUCGGGACAUUCCAUUGAUCUCCAAUAUUACGUGCCGAAUGGCGAAUUCGACUUGAUUUCGACACCGGGACAACGCAAAUCAACCAAUUUCCUUGAUGAAACUUAUGUGGAAUUGUAUUUUCAUCUUCAAUUAAAAAGAAGAGUUCUUUACUAUGGAAUCAAUUGGCUAGUGCCUUCAGUGUUGAUAUCAUUGAGCAAUAUUCUUGGAUUCGCGAUGCCUUCAGAAUGCGGUGAAAAGAUUACACUUCAAAUCACCAACCUCCUUUCCGUCACUGUCUUCCUCGGAAUGGUGUCAGAAGUCACUCCACCAACAUCCGAAUCGAUUCCAGUAAUUGCGGCAUUCUUUUCAUUUUCUAUUGUCAUCUUGGGCCUUUCAAUUUUCGCCACACUCAUCAUUAUUAAUAUAUUCUUCCGUCAUCCAAAGUCUCAUGUGAUGGGAGAAUGGACAAGGUUCAUUUUUCUUGAAUGGCUACCUUGGCUCCUUUUAAUGAGCCGACCGGAGCACACUUUCAAGCGGCCUGUGAAGCCAAGACAUCAGAAUGAAGAUCUAGAAAGCUCUGGAACUCAAAAAAGCGGCUAUUCGGAAAUCAAUCAGGAAGAAGAGAAGUGCCGACGUCCGAGGCUUCUUGUGAACAGCCAAGUCUUCAACGAUCCUUCUCAACAAGCCCUCGAGGAGAUCGUCGAGCUUCUUCGCGGUUUCCAGCAGAAGCUCGAGGAAGACGAGGAAGAAGAAGAGCAAAUUCUCGAUUGGCGAUUCAUGGCAAUGGUUAUCGAUCGCCUUUCGCUGUUCGCCUUCACCGCCCUGAUUCUUGGCACCACCGCCGUCGUCUUCCUCGUAACCCCCAAUCUGUUCUCAUCGAACCCCAUUAUCGAACAAAAAUAG